AUGGCAGAGGAGGCACUAGAGAACAGAGAGGGCGUUGACACCCAAGAAGGUGGAAGCUGGAGGCUUGUGACUUAUGGCAGCUCUGUGCAGGUAACACCAAGCAAAGUCCAAUCCACUAAAGAAGGAAAAAAUGUCACUUUCCUCUGCCACUUGAUUUCAAAGCAUGAUGUGCUUCAAGUCACCUGGCAAAAAGAGAGCGGGAAGAAAGAAAACAACAUAGCAACCUAUAGCAAGAUAAAUGGUCACAAGAUCCUGGAUAACUAUGUUGGCCACAUAAACUUUACCCAGCGCGACUUAAAAGUCUCUGCCAUCACCUUUCAUGCAGUCACCAUGGAAGAUGAGGGAUGCUACAAAUGCAUCUUCAACACAUUUCCCUUGGGGUCCGUUUCUGGCAGGAUGUGUCUCGAGGUCUACGCAAUAUCAGAACCCAGAGUGGAGGCCAAGCUUGUGUCCAGCCCUGACAAUGCAGGGGAGAAGCUGCUGGAGAUGAGCUGCUCAGUAACAGGAAAACCAACCCCAAAGGUCUCCUGGAUCCUGUCCAGCCACUUUCAGCAGAGACCAACAGAGUAUUUCAUCAAACAUGCUAACCAGACUGUGACUGCUAUAAGCAGUUUCACGCACGUCCCUUCCAGGAUACUCUUGGAGGAAUCUCUCGCCUGUGAGAUCCAACAUCCAUCUCUGAACAUUACCCUAGCCCUGCCCAAGGACAGUUUGAAACAGAGCCAAGGUCUACAUGAACCAAAGGUACUGCCCAUCAGCACCAGAGAUAAGAAGUCUAUAUGGUGCACAGACCAUGGUCAACCACACCCUACCACACCUUCUGCCUCUGAAGACUUACUAGAUAGCUGA